UACACAUUUCUCUUCAAUUUCAAACCUCCUGUUUAAAAUGAAGUCACCAAUCUCUUUCGCUAUCUUCAUCAUCUUUCUCUUCUUUUUAGUGUCAUCAGCGCAUCCGGGCAUGCAAAGACAAUACUACCCAUGUAAAAACUUAGUGUUUUAUUUCCAUGACGUGAUUUACAAUGGCCAAAAUGCCGAUAAUGCAACUUCUGCUAUUGUAGGUGCACCCCAAUGGGGAAACCUUACAAUAUUAGCAGAUAAGUUCCAUUUUGGAAAUAUAGCGGUUUUUGAUGAUCCUAUCACAUUAGACAAUAAUUUUCAUUCAUCUCCAGUGGGUCGAGCUCAAGGGAUGUAUUUCUAUGACACAAAAAAUACUUUCACCGCAUGGCUAGGGUUUUCAUUUGUGUUUAAUAGUGCACAACAUAAAGGAACCAUAAAUUUCAUUGGUGCUGACCCAAUUAUGGUUAAAAGUAGGGAUAUAUCAGUGGUUGGUGGUACCGGAGACUUUUUCAUGCAUCGUGGGAUUGCGACUAUCAUGACUGAUUCUUUUGAAGGGGACGUGUAUUUUAGGCUUCGUGUCGAUAUUAAGUUCUAUGAAUGUUGGUAAAUCAACUCAUCGUGAGAGCAUUGUACUAGGCUAUGUGUGAUUAUCGUGUAACUCGUUUCACUUAUUUAAGUGUGAUGCAAAAUAAAACAUCUUAUUGUACUUGACACCACCGCAUAAGAAUACUAUGAUUGCCAUGCCAUCUCAAAUAUAUAAAUAUUUAUUUGUACUUGUA